CCCGCCCGUCGCCAUGAGCCGGUUUGGGGGUCGCGUGCGCGAGUACCCCGCCGUCUCCAUCGACCGCUUCGAUCACGACAACCUGCGCGCGCGCGCCUACUUCCUCUCGCACUGCCACAAGGAUCACAUGAAGGGGCUGCGGGCGCCCGCUAUGAAGAGGAGGCUGGAGGGCAGCUUGAAAGUUAAAUUAUACUGUUCUCCAGUAACUAAGGAAUUGCUGUUGACUAACUGGAAAUACAAGUUUUGGGAGAAUCACGUUGUUGCAUUGGAAGUUGAAACUCCAACUCAGAUUUCUUUAGUAGAUGAAACAUCUGGUGAGAAAGAAGAUAUAGAGGUGACACUUCUACCAGCUGGCCACUGUCCUGGAUCAGUCAUGUUUUUGUUUGAAGGUGAAAACGGCACUGUGCUGUAUACAGGGGAUUUCAGGCUUGCAAAAGGAGAAGCAGCCAGAAUGGAGCUUUUGCAUUCAGGAACCAGAGUAAAAGACAUCCAGAGUGUGUAUUUGGACACUACUUUUUGUGAUCCCAAAUUUUAUCAUAUACCAAGCCGGGAAGAAUGUUUAAAAGGGAUCUUAGAGUUAGUGCGAAGCUGGACCUCACUGACUCGCUAUCAUGUUGUGUGGCUGAAUUGUAAAGCUGCUUACGGAUAUGAAUAUUUAUUCAUAAACCUCAGUGAGGAACUUGGAAUCAAGGUGCACGUGAACAAACUUGAUAUGUUCAGAAACAUGCCCGAAAUCCUCUACCAUGUUACUACAGAUCGACGCACUCAGAUUCACGCCUGCAGGCAUCCUCAGGAAGAUGAGUGCUUUCGAGGGAACAGACUGCCCUGUGGGAUAACUUGCCAAAAUGGAACUCCCUUGCACGUAAUCAGCAUCAAACCCUCCACUAUGUGGUUUGGGGAAAGGAUCAAGAAAACCAAUGUAAUAGUGAGGACUGGAGAGAGUACCUACAGAGCUUGUUUCUCUUUCCACUCUUCAUACAGUGAGAUAAAGGAUUUCCUGAGCUAUAUCCGUCCUGUGAAUGUGUAUCCCAAUGUACUGCCAGUGGGUGGGACAGAAGACAAAGUUGUGGAAAUAUUAAAGCCAUUAUGCAGGUCGUACAGGAGAAAUGUGGAACCCAGGUACAAGCCCUUAGGAACCCUGAAAAGAGUCCACAAGAGAGACUUAUCUGAUACAGAUGAAGAUGAUCUUUUUGAUUCAGAAUUAACUUCUGCAAGGCCUAAAAUUCCAAAACAGCAGAAAGGAGAGAGCAGGCGCUCCAGCACAGGACAAUCUGAAAAUGCUGAAGGAAACAUCAAUGUAAUUAACGUUACAGAAAGUUACAAAUGGACCACAACUUACGUCUCCCUCAACAUAGACUUCAUGGACUGUGAGGAAUCAAAUGAUGACGGUGAUGAAGAUGACGAAGAAGAAUCGGAAAAAAGUACAGUUCAAGUUCUUUCCCAUGAGCCAGAUGCCACUUCCACAUCAAAUUUCAACAGAGUAACUAGUGACCAACAGGAGUCUAAUGCCGAUGUCCCUCGCUGGGAUGCAUUUUUUAGGUGUCAUGGACUAGAAGAGAGCUCUGAAAAUGAGGACAACUUCCCAUCUUCAGCAGAUGCUGGUGGGUCCCAGUCACUCUUCAGUGAUUCAGAUGGAGUAAGUGACUCCACACACAUCUCCUCCCAAAAUUCUUCUCAGUCAACACACAUAUCGGAGCAGGGGAGCCAGGGCUGGGAUAGCCAAAUGGACACAGUACUCAUUACCUCUCAGGAGAGAAACGCCUUGGACUUGAGCUGCUUCAGCAAAGGUGGGAGCAGAACUGUUGUUCCUGCCUGGCAGGAGCCGGCCAAAGCCAGUCAGCCUGACAGCAGCAGGCAGAUGCCACUGGGUCAGAACAGAUCUUGCGCCUCCGAUGGUGCCUGUGACUUGAAAAGCAAAGACCGUGAGGCAGAUGCAGAAGCUGGCACUGCUCGUGUUCAAGACGUGCUGGUGGAAAUAAGCGACAGCUCCAGGACUCCUGAUCUAGAGCUGAGGAGGAACUCCCAGAGCUCCUCCGACUUUGAAAUUCCCUUGACUCCUGAUGCUGAAGCGCCUCAGCCAGAUAAACUGCACCAUUUAUAUAAGAAGCUAGCAGCAGGUGAAAGCAUACUCAAUGAGAAAAAGUCUCCUGAAGACAGCUAUAGCUGAUUACAUCAUGAUAACAAAUACUGAAAUUUUUUUAUUAAACCCUGAAUUACUUUUUAGUGCCGAUUCCUAUCUGUAGCUAUGCUAAUUCAUGCAAUUUUUUCAGAAAUAUCCUAAUGUCAGAACUAGGAAUUUGCAGCCUCUGUAACUUUAUUGUUCCUUCCAUGAAAUGCUGAAAAGGAAGGAUUCGUAGGAGGGACUGUAAAAGCCUUCUACCCUUCUCCUGAGGUUCACUUCUCCAGGACUGCAAGUAGACAAAAAAUGGACCAGACAAAACUAAGGGUAGAACACUAAAUGAAAUUUAGUGUUGCUUUUUAUCAUAAGCUCUAAGAGUUUGAUGUAUAUACAUGAUCUCAGGUUUUAACAAAAUACCGCAUUGUUGUUUUUAAAAAAUCAUCAAAAUUACUGAGAGGUGGUGUGUGUAGUUUUUUUUUUUUUUUUUAAUUGUUCUUUUCGAGCAGUCUGUCUUCACACUGAGCAAGUGUUGUCAUCUGAUUUGAACUCCUGAAUGAGGUACUGUACACCACUGUCUAUGUUUAAAUUUAAGUCAUUGCAAACAACUUGGUGUUUUGGUUUGUUCUGCAUUGGUUUUCAGACCAACUUAAAAUCCUGCGGCAUGUGGUUCCGAAGCCACCAGCCGUAGCCUGCUCCGGGAGCCAACUCACAGCAACAGAAGCGAACCUGUUCUCACAGACAGGCUCUUCUCUUACAUUACCAAAUUCCACCUCUGCAACAUUCUGCUGGCUUCACUGGAUUUUGACGUGUUUAGAUUUCUUUUUUAAAUCAAGACAAUCGAUUCUCUCUGCACAUGUGCCAUCAUAACUCUGCCAACAGUCUUAGCUUCUAAAAUGGAAAUGCAAGUCACUUUUCUGUUAAACUGCAGUGCCUACAAAAAUGCCUAAACAGCAGAAGUCAUCUAAAAAUCCAUGGGGUUUCCCAGCCAUGUGGUCUUACAUCCCAAAGAAUUACCCAGAUGUUUAUUAUGACAGCCUUCCCCUCCACGUGUGUCUUCAGUCUUUCUGCCAUCUUUAGCGACAGGCGAACGUUAAACCAGUCAGCAUUCUGCUAUUUGGAACAGAGGCAGGAGGGGAGGGGGGUAAAAAAGAACAAAAAUUGCUUAUUAUCUAUUGAGGAUAUUCAAGUCAAUGUAUUACUUCACUGUCACCUUUGCCCACUGUUCCUGGGAUUUGUUAAUAGAAUUUCCAAAUGUGGUCUACCAAAUUCUUUCUUUUUAGCAAGCUUGAGUGAGAGAAACUGCUAACUACCUCUGUGAAUAAAGUCAUACAGAGCAGAA